AUGGCCUCGGUCAAGGCGGCUCCGGCUGCUCAUGCCGCUACCCAAGCUUCAAGUGCCGGCAACGGCAACGGCCAUCAGGGUCCGACAAUCGUCGACCCAAAUAUAAACGCCGUCAUGAACCAGUUCGGUGGCCUUAACAUCAGCACCCCCCAUACCAUCUCCGGGAUGGUUCCCUAUGCCACCCCGGACGGGCGCAUCGUCUUUGCCAGCAGCUACCCGACUGCUGGUGUUCCGGCCUUCGGUUAUGGUGCCGCCCCCGACGGCCCAUCGGCCUCAUUUGGCAACGCGUAUCUUCCACAGGGAAACUUCCAGCCGUUGAUGUCGCACUACCCGGUGGUACCGUAUACUCCCGCUGGACGCUCUGGUGCUAUACAUGAACAUUCCGAGGCUGGCUCUGGAGCAAUUCCGGCCUUGGAUAACCGUCGGUCAUCAUACUCUACAAGCGAGUCGACCCCAGCAACCCCGUUCUUCGGGAGCAUGGCUUCCCGUGACCACGGAACUCGAGUGGCAAUGCUUGAUCGAUCAACCUUUACCACCCCGUCACCCCAGCAGAUUGUUGCAGCAAGUGGUGUUCGAGAGAGCAAGUCCCCGCUUCUUGAUCGCCACCCCAGCAUCCCCUUCGCUGUUCCGGCAAUCUUCACGCCACGUAAGAACAUGAAGACAUUGGAGCAGAGUUUGGUGAAUCCGAUCCCAGGGAACCGCAACGUCUACAUCCGUGGGCUUCAUCCCACGACCGAUGACGAGUUGUUGCUGAAAUAUGCAGAGCGCUUUGGAAAAGUUGAGACCUCCAAGGCCAUUAUCGAUGCCGCUACAGGGGCCUGCAAAGGCUUCGGUUUCGCCAAGUUCUGCAACGUCCGCGAUUCCGAGGCUUGCAUUCGUGCAUUCUACAGCCGGGGCUAUGAAGUGGGAUUUGCAAGGGAAAGCUUCAACUCUCGAUUGAGGGCGGAAGGCGACGAGAGUUCUACCAACUUGUACCUCUCGAAUUUGCCCAAGUCUUACACUGAGGCCGAAAUCGCUACAAUCUUCGAAGGAUAUACGAUCCUGUCAAGCAAGGUUCUUCGUGAUAGUCUAGGCAACAGCCGGGGCGUCGGAUUUGCACGUUUCGAGAACCGUGAGACGUGCGAAGAUGUUAUCCAAGAGUUUGUUGGCCGUCUGAUUGGGCAUGAACGCCUGCCUCUCCAGAUUCGGUUUGCCGAUACCCCCCGUCAAAAGGAGUUGAAGCGCGUGACAGCGGAGCGUCGACAGUGGCGCACAAACGAGUACAACGCGAGCGCCUACGGGACCCCUCUUGUGGGAAUGAAUCCUCAUAACGAGCUGGCUUAUCGAAAUGGUAACGGAGGUAACUUGGGUACGGCCUCUCAGCGCACCACCUCGGGUGGCUCGAGCAAGAGCGGAACCCGCCCUAAUCCCUUAGAGGAUGGCCCGAGCAGUGAAGGCGUCGAGAUUGGUGUGGGCUCCCCGUUGGUCGCACAUGGUAGUAGCCAGUCGUCGCCGGCGAAACAUAAUAGGGAGUAG